UUAUGUUUCCACGAUUCGAUUCUUGAUAAAGGAAACUCGAUUUGCACCUAAUACUUUAUUUAAAAUGUCGUCACGCUAUAAAUGUGCGAUGUUUCCUAUCGGGCAAAUUGUGCAGUCAUUUGUUAAAAUAUGUACUACGAGCCGAGCGUUACGAGUUAGCUCGUUUCUUCGUCACGCAACUUCAGUCUUCCGCGAAGUUGAUCGAGAGGAGCUCGCGGGGGCCAAAGCAACCCUCUUCUGCUCCGAUGUUUUGCUCCGCGAAGGGUAUCGCGGUGAUGGCGAAGGGGUCGUCGUCGUUGUCGUCAUCGGCGGGAGCUAUUCAUUGCCGCCAGUUUCUCGGCGGUGGCGGCGCGCGCACUUCGAGUCACGUUUGGUUCGCGCCCGCUCGAGAAGGAGUUUAGUAGCAGCUGCGCGUCCGCGUGGUGUUACGCGAACUCAUUGCGAGCGACGUAUCGCGAUCCGGUCUGUCAAUCGUCGGUCGUCGGUCGUCGGUCGUCGAAGGUUAAAAGGCGCCUCGUGCGCGAGGAACGGCGCGGUCUUGCCGCUGGGACGUUGUAAAAAAGUAUCCGGUGGUGUGUGGUUCGACGUUGACGUAUUUUAUUCUCGCAACUUGUCAAUAACGUCAAGGAUGGAGACGCAAAGUGAGAUGCCGGGAAACACAACGGUGGGUAGCACGCUAUUCGACGAGGAACUUCGUCGAAUUCUGCUGGAACGUGAGCAAGAAUGCAUGAAGCUGAAAGCCGCGAAUACGACGCUGCUGCCACCGGAACCGUACUGUCGACUCACUUUCGACGGAUGGUCCUGUUGGCCAAACACUCCAGCGGGAUCAACAGCUUACAUACCAUGUCCUGAUUUUAUUACUGGCUUUGAUGCAUCAUUCAUGGCGCACAAAUACUGCGAGCUGAACGGCACGUGGUUCCGGCAUCCCGAAUCUAAUCAAAUAUGGAGCAAUUACACCACUUGUGUGAACCUACAGGAUCUAAGCUGGCAGCAAGGUAUAAAUGGAAUCUACGAGGCGGGAUACGCGAUAUCCUUGGUAGCUUUACUGCUUUCUUUAGGAAUUCUCACGUACUUCCGAUCUCUCAGAUGCGCACGGAUUACGCUGCAUAUGAAUCUGUUCACCUCGUUCGCGUUCAACAAUGCUUUAUGGCUGAUUUGGUACAGAUUCAUAGUAGCGAACACGGAUUUACUACUUAAUAAUGGCAUACCAUGUCGCGUUCUGCACGUAGUCCUUCAUUACUUUCUAUUAACAAACUACGCUUGGAUGCUCUGCGAAGGCUUCUACCUGCACACGUUGCUAGUGAGUGCAUUCACUAGCGAGCACAAAUUAGUGAAUUGGCUGAUGGGACUUGGGUGGCCAGUGCCAGCUGUAAUCGUCACCUUAUACACAGCAUUACGUGCAUCUAGCGACAAUCCUGCAGACACUGAGCAGUGCUGGAUUAAUGAGGGAAACUAUAUAAACGCGUUGGUUUAUCCUGUAUGCGUUUCUACUUUGCUGAAUCUGCUUUUCCUGUUUAAUAUUGUGCGAGUCCUUCUCAUGAAGUUACGUGCCGGUCCCGCCAUUGGAACGCGCCCUUCUCGAUCUAUGCUGCAAGCUUUCAGGGCCACGUUACUUUUAGUGCCUCUUUUGGGCCUUCAUUAUUUAGUAAUUCCAUUUCGACCACCAAAGAAUCAUCCUUGGGAGCAUUUCUACGAAGUCCUUUCUGCAAUCACAGCUUCUUUCCAGGGUCUCUGUGUAGCUGUGCUUUUCUGCUUUUGCAACGGCGAGGUAAUAGCACAAUUCAAGAGAAAGUGGGAUGGCAGCGCCCUUUUGCGAAAACGAGCCAAUUCCUGCACGGCCACAACAGUCUCGGUCCGAUGGCGGGAGAGGAGAAGGUGUGACUAUCAGCCGGCGGCGUCGGCGAUGCCGAGGGACGAUGACUGCAGCAAGCGAUUAGCUAGCGAGGACCAGCAGCAGUUGCAGCAGCCGCAGCAGACCAUUCAGGUGAUUGCCGCGGGUCGGCCAGGUAAUCACGGCAACAACAAUCACACGCGGGUUCUCAUCAAACGCGGCGGUGGCGACGGCGACGAUUCUUCCCACGACGAGUGCGAUCAGACGCAGUGUUGAUGACGAUCGACACGGGAUCAACACCGGGGAUGAUCGUGCUACGAGACCACAGAAAAAAACAAUAUCACCUCCUCUGUAUCCCUAAACCGAAAUAGAUAGCCGAGAUGAACCGGUGGGAUUUAUCGAUUUACAAUUCAUGAAUGCGCUGUUACCGAGUUGGUGAGAUCGCUGUUACUGGUGCCGAGAUCGAAAAGGAUAGAGCGGAUCUUAUUUUCUACGUGUAAUAUAUGUAAUUCGAAAAAAUCUCAGAUAUUAAAUUUGUUUAGCAUUCUUGAAUUAUAAAACAAACGCUUUUCAUGCUACAUUUUCUAUUCAAAAAUACUUUUAAGAGUUAAAAAAAUUCAAAUUGAUAAGUUCUUUUUUAAGAACAAAAGAAAUUCUUUGUACCCUAUGAGAAAUCGCACAAUAGAAGGAAUUUCCUAGUUGAUUUUAAACUAAACUUGAUAAUUCAUAAAUAAUUUAAAAAUACGCAGGUCCUUUUUGAAUUCAUAAUGAUCUGUGCUACAUAGGAUUCCUCCUUUUCUUAUUACGUACGAUUCCCUUUGGCAUUGCAGAAGGAAGAGUAAUGUGACGGAGUAAUUUAAAUUCGUAUCGAGUAUUCGCACGAAUCCUUUCAUUUUUUUUAAACAAGAAAGAUGCGAGGUGUAUUACUGCUCUGGUUCACUGCUCGAUCUCAAACGGAAUUAAGAAGAAAUGCGCGCGAUUAAAGAUAUAUUUUAAUACUCCUAGGAGAUCUAAGAGCUCUACAAAAUUUCCUGAGAUCCAAAUUAAAUUUAUUUUCUUAACGAAAAAUUAAUGAUAUGUAUCGCGAAGAUGGAAUAAACGUGCGAUUUUAACAUAUUUUUGAUUUUUAUGUAAUGAGAAUCUCGAUUAACGGAUCUCGAAAAAUAGAUAGAAAUGUUCGUGUUUAGAAUUUAUUAAUUUGAUGAGAUGGAAGAAUCAUAUCAAUACUGACACAUGCAUACACGAAAAAAAUUGUUUUGCUGGAGUAUCAAAAAAUUUAACUAGAUAUAGAUCGGAAAAUAAUUUUGUUGGACCAUCAAAAUAAUUACGUAGAAUGGUCGAUAAGCAAUACUGUAACAAGUCUUGUCUAACAAUCAACUUGAGCAUUCCAUGUAAAUUAUUUUGAUAGUUUAACAAAAUUAUUUACAGAUCUGUAUCUAGCUUAAUUUUUAUAUAUUUUAGCAAAAUCAUUUUUUUGUACACGAUUGUCGUUUUUAUACUAGCAAAGUACCUACUAUUAUUUGUUUGUGCAAUAUUUAUAGAUAAUCUGUUAACGUUAGUAUUUCUUGCCAAUUGUUUCGCGCUAAAUGUGAAUGACGCAAUUUGUUUGUACAUAUUUUAACACUUACGUGAUGUUACAUAAAUAUAUCGGUCGACUGUGUGUUGAUAUUUAUUGUUCGCGACACAAUUGUAAGAAAAGGAGUCUGUAAUUAAAAUAAAUGUCGAUAUGCGCUACUAUAUAUAUUCUCAACUAUAUUAUACUGUAAAUUCCAUAAAAUUAUAAAAAUUAUGAGUCAAAACGAAUUAAUGAAAUAUGAUAAAACAAAUUAAGUUUUAGUUUUAAUUUUUAAAAAUGAGUUAUGGAUUUAGAAUGAAAAACAUGUCACGAAGUUUAGAAGAGCUCACUUAAAGAAUUUCAAAAAUUUUCUGGACUUAAUGUGUUUUAAUCCUAUUCCCAUAAAUUUCAAAUUUAGAUACCUAAAAACCAAUACGAUUGGUGCUUAAACGUUUUCGGAAUUUUUCUUCAAUAAAAGUGACAAUGUCCAAAGAAUUUGUUAUUUUUUAAGUAUGUGAUCGUAAUAUUGUACAAUCAUUUUGUUAAGUGUGUACACGUACACGCACACACACACACACACAAAAUUCUAUGUAAUGUUGAUUGUAAACAAUCCUAUAAAAAAAUAUAUGUAUAUAUAGUCUUGAUAGUUGCAAAAAAUUCAUAUCUCCGUAAGCGGAAAAAAUCGAGAGAGAGAGAGAGAGAUGAUUUUAAAAAUUUAAUAUAUUUUACGAAAGUAUAUAAAAAUAAAUAAACUAACAAGUCAAAUGUAUGAUUAUUUUCUUAAACAUCACUAUUCUUUUAUGAAGACAAGGCCAUCAUAAAUUAAAAAUAUAAUAUAGUAAAAAAUUAAAAUAUCAAAAAAAUUAAUUUUAAUUUAUAAAUAGAAAAUUAUUAAGUAUUUAAUGUGUUAAACAAAUGGGAAAAUUACUGGUGUUCUUCAUGCAGGUUUGCUUUAUCAAAUUAGAGUAAAUUUAAUUGACGAAAAGUCCUUCAUAGACGUAAGCUGUAAGAUCUAUCGUGUGUAUUUCCUCGCAAUUUCCUUGCUUUUGAUAUCGCAGCUAGGCUGACCGAGUUAGGUACAUGUUUCCAGUUUAUAGGGUUCUAGACCAAUUCUCGCUCGUGCUGCAACUGUAUUAAAUUAUAACAUCAGAGGCAAGAAAUCAAAUGUAAUUUCUUCCUGCACUGUACAUCGAAAUAAAUGAACUAUUUUCUCAGGAGAAAA